AUGGGCCCUGAGGAGACAAAGGAGCUUCAACGACAAGUUGAUGGCCUAUUAGGUAAGGGUUGGGUAAAAGAGAGUCUAAGUCCUUGUGUUGUACUUGUGGUACUUGUCCCCAAAAAGGAUGGUACUUGGCGCAUGUGCACUGACUGUAGGGCCGUUAAUGCUAUUACUGUGAAAUAUCGCCGUCCCAUUCCUAGACUAGAUGACAUGCUUGAUGAACUCGAUGGUAUUGACGCCGUUCUCAUGCAAGACAAGAGGCCUUGUGCAUUCUUUAGUGAGAAGCUAGGAGGUGCUGCCCUGAACUACCCCACGUACGAUAAGGAGCUCUACGCCCUUGUACGAGCAUUAGAGACUUGGCAACACUACCUACGCCCAAGGGAGUUCGUGAUACACGCUGAUCACGAAUCCUUGAAAUUUCUCAAGGGCCAACCCAAGUUGAGCAAGCGCCAUGCCAAAUGGGUAGCUGAUGCUUUAUCACGUAGACAUUUCUUGCUUGCUGUGCUUGAUGCUAAGUUGUUAGGAUUUGAAAUGCUUAAGGACCUAUAUGCACAUGACACUGACUUCAGUGAUAUCUAUGCAUCUUGUAUGAAGAGCCCACAUGGAAAAUUGUUAUUCUCCACCACCAGUCAUCCACAAAGCGAUAGGCAAACUGACAUUGUCAAUCGCACACUUGACGAAAGAAGGAGGCUUAGACGUGCCGCCGCCAAGGAUCAUACUGAGAUGUUUAGACUGAGAGGCAUCAUGAGGAUGCAAGCAGACCGGAUUGGGGAGCUCCAGGGGGACAUAGCCAUGGAGCAGGAGCAAACGAACGCUCUUAGAGGGGAGCACACCAAGUGA